CGAAGUUUCCGGGUGCCAGAGUGUACUGACCACCCCUCCCCUCCUGCACUCUGUGUACUGUGCCUGACACAUGACUGUUACCAGGCCCUGCUCAGGGAGGAGAGCAUUAGAGCCAAAGGAACUUCAGCUUGUGCAGGACUACAGCUCCCGACACCCACCGGGAGGCACAGCUGCGAGUGGACGAUGCCCCUUGUGCUUUGCUGUCUCUCCGCCACGUCCAACUCGUGUGGGCCCCAUGUGAGCAGCAGAGGCUGCCCCUGUCCAACCCUAAAGUGGGGAAAGUCACAGCUAUCAGGGGAAGGGCAUUGUAAGCAGCACAGGAGUCCUUGGGAGCCCAUGGUCAAGAAGCCACAUUCACACAGAUGAACCAGGCGUUGUGGCAGCACCGCAAGCCUAGAUAGUUGGUCGGCAGACUGCUCAAGCAGGAUGCCGUCAACAAGUCGAGCUGGAAGUCUGAAGGACCCAGAUGUAGCGGAGCUUUUCUUCAGGGAUGAUCCGGAAAAACUUUUCUCUGAUCUCCGGGAAAUUGGACAUGGAAGCUUUGGAGCAGUCUAUUUUGCACAUGAUGCUCGCACUAGUGAAGUGGUUGCCAUCAAGAAAAUGUCCUAUAGUGGGAAGCAGUCCAAUGAGAAAUGGCAGGAUAUCAUCAAAGAAGUGAAGUUUCUACAAAGGAUACAGCACCCCAACAGUAUAGAGUACAAAGGCUGCUAUUUAAGGGAGCACACGGCAUGGCUGGUCAUGGAGUAUUGCCUAGGAUCUGCAUCAGACUUACUAGAAGUACAUAAAAAGCCAUUGCAAGAAAUAGAAAUAGCAGCGAUCACCCAUGGGGCAUUGCAGGGAUUAGCUUAUUUGCAUUCUCAUAAUUUGAUCCAUAGGGAUAUCAAAGCAGGGAAUAUUCUUCUCACAGAGCCGGGUCAGGUGAAACUGGCUGACUUUGGCUCCGCUUCGAUAGUAUCUCCUGCCAAUUCUUUUGUGGGGACUCCAUAUUGGAUGGCCCCAGAAGUAAUCUUAGCCAUGGAUGAAGGGCAGUACGAUGGCAAGGUGGAUGUCUGGUCUCUUGGGAUCACUUGUGUCGAGUUAGCUGAAAGGAAACCUCCUCUGUUUAACAUGAAUGCAAUGAGUGCCUUAUACCACAUAGCGCAGAAUGAGUCCCCCACGCUUCAGUCUACUGAAUGGUCUGAUUACUUCCGGAACUUUGUAGAUUCGUGUCUCCAUAAAAUCCCACAAGACCGACCAACAUCAGAUGAGCUGCUGAAGCACAUGUUUGUCCUACGGGAGCGACCAGAAACAGUGUUAAUUGACCUGAUCCAGAGGACGAAGGAUGCAGUGAGAGAGCUGGAUAAUCUACAGUACCGUAAAAUGAAGAAGCUGCUUUUCCAAGAGGCUCACAAUGGACCAGCUGUGGAAACACAAGAGGAGGAUGAGGAGCAAGAACACGGAGUUGGUCGAACAGGAACCGUAAACAGCAUUGGUAGUAAUCAGUCCAUUCCUAGCAUGUCCAUCAGUGCCAGUAGCCAAAGCAGUAGUGUGAAUAGUCUUCCAGAUGCCUCCGAUGACAAGAGUGAGCUGGACAUGAUGGAGGGAGACCAUACUGUGAUGUCAAAUAGCUCUGUCAUUCAUUUAAAACCAGAAGAAGAAAACUACCCCGAGGAACCAGAUCCUAGAACGCGACCUUCAGAACCGCAGUCUCCUCCCCAGGUUUCCCGUCACAAGUCUCAUUAUCGCAACCGUGAGCACUUUGCCACCAUACGCACGGCCUCCCUGGUGACUAGGCAAAUCCAGGAACAUGAGCAAGACUCGGAACUCCGUGAACAGAUGUCCGGCUACAAACGCAUGAGGCGGCAACAUCAAAAGCAGCUGAUGGCACUGGAGAACAAGCUGAAGGCUGAGAUGGAUGAGCAUCGUCUCCGGCUUGAUAAAGACCUUGAAACCCAGCGGAAUAACUUUGCAGCAGAAAUAGAAAAACUUGUUAAAAAACACCAGGCAGCUAUGGAGAAAGAGUUAAAGUUAAUGGCAAACGAGGAAAAGAAGUUCCAGCAGCAUAUUCAGGCACAACAAAAAAAAGAGCUAAACAGCUUUCUGGAAUCACAAAAGCGGGAAUAUAAACUGCGCAAAGAACAACUAAAAGAGGAGCUAAAUGAAAACCAGAGUACGCCAAAGAAAGAGAAGCAGGAAUGGCUCUCCAAACAGAAAGAGAAUUUCCAACAUUUUCAGGCCGAAGAGGAAGCCAAUCUUCUGCGUCGUCAGAGACAGUAUCUAGAGUUGGAGUGUCGUCGUUUUAAGAGACGAAUGCUCCUGAGUCGACAUAAUUUAGAGCAGGACCUGGUUAGAGAGGAGUUAAAUAAAAGGCAAACCCAGAAAGAUCUGGAACACGCCAUGCUUUUGCGGCAGCAUGAAUCCAUGCAGGAGCUCGAGUUUCGCCAUCUCAACACUAUUCAAAGGAUGCGCUGUGAACUUAUAAAGUUACAGCACCAAACUGAACUCACAAACCAGCUAGAAUACAACAAGAGACGGGAGCGGGAAUUAAGGCGAAAGCAUGUUAUGGAGGUCCGACAGCAACCGAAGAGUUUAAAGUCCAAAGAGCUGCAGAUUAAAAAGCAGUUCCAGGACACGUGCAAGAUCCAAACCCGGCAGUAUAAAGCUCUACGGAAUCACCUCUUGAAAUCGACUCCAAAGAAUGAACACAAGGCAGUGCUGAAACGGCUGAAAGAGGAGCAGACUCGCAAGUUGGCAAUACUGGCUGAGCAGUACGACCAUAGUAUCAAUGAGAUGCUCUCCACACAAGCUUUGCGUCUAGAUGAGGCUCAGGAAGCCGAGUGCCAGGUCUUGAAGAUGCAGCUGCAGCAGGAGCUGGAACUACUGAAUGCUUAUCAAAGCAAAAUUAAAAUGCAGGCCGAGGCCCAACACGAGCGAGAGAUACGUGAGCUGGAACAGAGGGUUUCCCUGCGAAGGGCCCUUCUAGAACAGAAGAUUGAAGAAGAAAUGCUGGCUUUGCAGAAUGAGCGCACUGAGCGGAUACGAAGCUUGCUGGAGCGUCAAGCCCGGGAGAUUGAAGCUUUUGACUCCGAAAGCAUGAGGCUAGGCUUUAGCAACAUGAUACUUUCUAAUCUCUCCCCCGAGGCGUUCAGCCACAGCUACCCGGGAGCUUCUGGCUGGUCCCAUAAUCCCACAGGAGGCCCUGGCCCUCAUUGGGGUCACCCCAUGGCUGGACCACCACAAGCCUGGGGCCACCCAAUGCAAGGUGGGCCGCAACCAUGGGGUCAUCCCUCAGGGUCUGUGCAAGGUGUCUCUCGUGGUAGUACGAUGGGGGUCCGCAACAGCCCCCAGGCUCUGAGGCGGACAGCUUCUGGGGGACGGACAGAGCAGGGAAUGAGCAGGAGCACAAGUGUUACUUCACAGAUAUCCAAUGGCUCACACAUGUCUUACACAUAACUCAAAGAAAAACUCUAUGGCCAUUCCUUAUGAUCUUUCAACACAAACUGCCUAGAGAUUUCCUCACAACAGCUUCCUCAUUGGUUAAUGAGCAGCUGCCAAAAAGAAAGGAGAAAAAAAAAAAAAGCUUCCUACACAUGCUGUAUUUUAAUCAUUUUGUACAGGGUUAAAACGAUGUGUGCUAUCUUCAGUAUGAUUGCAAUAGUUGCUGGAUUUAUAUCGGGCAGACUAGGGCUGCAGAACGACAGGGGUGUAACUAGCAAGUAUUGGAUGGUGAUAAGCGGAAACAUGGGUCGGGGGGGAGUAGCUGGAAACCAAAAGCAGUUCUUUUUAAACUCAUUCAGCACAUGGAUUUAUUUAUUUACAUCAAGAGUCUCUCUUGUCACCUCUGAAUAACACUCCCCUUUGUUGUUGUUCUCUAGGCAAUAGUCCAGUCUAUACUUUUAUGUAUUUCUUCAUCCAGGCAAUAGGAAUUUAAAACCUGCAUCAUUUUUUACUGCUUUGCCACGUGCUCGUCUCGUUUGAAUUACACCCUGAAAUGGUAUCAUCGGCUGCAUAUAUGAAUCCGGAGUGAACUGCUUCCUACAAUUAUUUGUCAGUCCAAAUUUCCGCUUAGACAGUGCUGUGUGGCUUUGUUUCUUGCAACAAAAAAUGAAAAAGAAGAGAAUAAUAUAACUUAUAAAGUGGUCUCUUACCAAGGUAGCCCCCAGUCCACGGGUUUGCCAAUCAUUUUUGCAAUAUGUAGAAAAUUUGAAUAUAGGAAGAGACCAUCCGCUAGUUAAGCAGUAGCCAAAGUACUUGUAUAAUUAAAAAGACUAUUGUAGGACAUAUAUAAGACUAACGUGCCACUUACUCAUAGUCAACCACAUUCACCUUCUUUGAGUCCAUGGAGAUUUGGCUUUUACUUCGUCAUGCUUUUAAUUCUUUUAUCCUUUAAAUUCUUGAAAUCACCCAGCCUGUAGCGGGUCCGGUAGUUCAGCAAAUGUCCAGACAAUAUAUUUGUGUACAGUGCUUCUAGUGAUGGAGCUAUUCGUGCUGUACGGCAUUACUCUAGAGCGGGCCUCCGUAGUUGCUGCUGUAUAAGAGGUGUUAUGGUUUGCCAAUGGCCACUCAAAGUACUUCAUCGGAAUUACUUUGUAGCGACGUUGCCACUGCUUGUUUUAGUUUUUGCCGCUGCCAUUGUUUGCCCCGGCUUGAAUAGUUCUAUUUUAUUGAUGCUGAGUGUAGCAAUGCUUCCUCAGUGUUGUGAUAUUAGUAGCCAUGUUCUAUUUCGAUUCAGUCGUGUUCAGUUAACAUUGCCCCUUGUGUGC